GGAGCUCCGAUUCCUGCAUUUCGAUCACUCGUCGUCAAGCUCGAUUGUUGCCAAGUGCCGCGCUACAUUGUGCAGUUGCUGAAUACUGGUGUUGAUUCUGCGCAUAGCGAGGUUGUGGAAGUGUUUUUGUUGUUCAUGGCUGUCAGAAUAGAAAGCUCCGACUCAACCAGGAAUUGAUCCGUGGUUUGGAUCCAAUUUGUAGAAUUACAUCGUCGCGUCGCAGAAUUUCUACUAUUAAGCUUGAGCGGUGGUCUAGCGUCGUCAGGGGACGGAAAUUCGCAUUGCCUGUUUUGAGAUUCCGAGGUUCCUCUUAAACCCUACCUGAAUGGAUGAGAGGCAAGCAGUGAAGGAACCGGAAUCAUCGGAGUUUCGGCAAGAUUUCGAACAGCCUCAAAGACCGGAGAGAAUAUCUUUGGGACACAAUUACGCAACGCAAACCUGCUUCUCGAAAGCUGCAAAUGGGUUCGUGAGUGGCACUAUCCUUGGAGCCACCAUGUCUGGUGUGAGUGGCAUGGCACGGGCUACUCAGCUGCAGAUUAGGUUUCCUGCAGCAGUUCAAUCAGUAGUAGGAGCAACUAUAGUAGGUGGCGUCGCAUUUGGAUCUGCUUUAGGGGCAUACCAAGGUGCGGUGUGUACAUUUCGUCGAGUACGAGGAGUGGACGACAUCAUGAACCCGAUGAUGGCAGGAGCGCUUGUAGGAGCUCUAAGCGAAAUUCCUGUAUAUCUUCGCAGCAAAGUUGUCACGAAAGCUGAAUUAGUAUUAACAGAACAGGGCAUGCAUGUGGUGAGACCUAGACCCAGAUUCCUCACAAACGCUUUUGGUGGAGCAUUCCUCUGUGGUUUAUUCUACUUGGUGGGUGACGCAAUUAGACCAGCUCCUGAAUCAAGACCUCAAAGCAUACCACAACCCCCUCAGGGAACUAUUCAAGACGGGCGGGAAGGACAGGAGCUUGAUACUUGGAAUUCUUCUGAAGAUCAUGAGAAUAACGGUGAAUGGGUAUUUAAUGAAUCACCGAACGAAGAAGUUCUGGAACGCGAGGACUCGAGCUGGAGCACAAAGUAGCCUGUGAUGGCGAGGCUGAAACAAUUCCAGGAACUGUUGUCUUGGUGCUGGGAAUUCAGGAAUGGAAGCAAACAAUUUUUCAAUAACUGACUGAUGGGUAAACAAGUAGAGACUGAUUGUCAUGCUAACAGUUAUCAGUCCAUUCAGGUGCUCGUAAGUGAAGAAUUCUUUUGCUGUCAUUAGGGCCCUUCAUUGUGAGGCCUGUGUUCAGUUUGUUAUUAGGAGGAAGCUGGGUGCCGAGUAAAUGUUUUAUUCACUUACAGUCCCCUCAGUGUUGGCGAAAAGAGUUAUUACAGAUGUAUCCAGAUUAAAUUGUAGUUUGCUAUGCAUGCCACAUCUACAGGCCUCUCAGUUCCGAACACGCAAAGAUGUGUGUCGCAGUAACGCAGAAAUUUUAUAUUCAAUAUCUUUCACAGAUCUUCAAUACCAAUCGUAAAGCUUUCUUUACUAAACUUCAUCA